AUGACUCGGCGCUACUCCUCAGUAGCCGUCAUAGGUUCCGGCCCGGCGGGAAUUUCAGCCCUAAAAGCUCUCCAUGACGAAAAGGCAUUCGAAACGAUCCGACUUUUCGAGCGAAGGGAUGGUCCCGGUGGAACUUGGAAUUAUGAUGCCGUCCCUCAGCAGUUUCCGGGGACGUAUUCGGAGGGACAUGGGCCGUUUCAGAAGCCAUCUACAUUCCCACAGAAGACAUCACCGGCAACCCCACCAGAUGCUACGACACCAACAGCGAUGUAUAGUUGGCUAGACACCAAUGUUCCGGCAGAGUUGAUGGCAUUCACGCACACGCCUAUUCCAGAUGCAAAUUCACCCAUCUCGAUAGAGCGGUAUGGGGCUGAGAAUGCCACACGCCCAUAUCAUGUGGUUGCUCAGUACCUUUUUGAUUUGCUGAAGAAGUAUCAUGGAAAUGUUUCAUUCAAUACCACGGUGGUAUCUGUCGAGAAGAUAGAAACCGGGAAAUGGAGACUGACUCUCAGACGAUUGGAGGUUCAUGGCACAGAGGCCAGUGAUAUAUGGUCGCAGGAGGAGUUUGAUGCGGUGGUUGUUGCCACAGGGCAAUAUAGCCUGCCAUUUCUCCCGAGAAUCUCCGGGCUGGACGAGGUUGUUAAGACACAUCCAGAGGCGUUGGAGCAUGUGAAUGCUUAUCGAUCCCCUGACCAUUAUGUCGGCAAGAAGGUGGUGGUCCUUGGAGGCAGCUUUUCAGCAGGAGAUGUUGUGGGUGACAUAUACGCGUUUGUACAAGGCCCGCUAUAUGUUUCCCAGAGCUCUCAUAGUCCUUUCGUCACCGAAAUAUGGAACCUGCCUAGUGUUGUACUAAAACCAACAAUUAGCCGCAUCGACGGCCAUCACUCUUCUAAGCUCCGCAUCACUUUCUUUGAUGGAUCUCGGUUGGAAGACGUGGACAAAGUUAUAUUCGCAACAGGAUAUCGUUUGUCUUUUCCAUUCCUGUCCCCUGAGCCCGUCAUGGUUGCCGACCGACUCUCUGGAAUAUACCAGCAUGUAUUCAAAAUUGGCGACCCGUCCAUGGCCAUCCUAGGCCUGGUGAGAGCACCUCUACUCUUCCGCAUGAUUGAAUAUGAGGCUGUAGCCGUGGCCCGUUAUUAUGCUGGGAAUGCGGGCGAUCUACCUAGUCAAGAGGAUCAAGAAGAAUGGGAAAUAGAACAGGUAAAGCUCAAGGGUGAUGGCUAUAAGUUCCACGAUGUGACAAAGGAGAUGAGGGAGCAUAUGGAGUUUUUGCGGAACCUAGCAGGCCCUCCAGCUGCUGGGACCGAUGCGUACGAGCUGCCCCAAGUUGCGGAUGAGUGGCUGGACAAAUGCUUUUCAGUCUUCCGGCUGAAAGACCAGUAUUGGGGUAGGGUAUGGCGGCUUUCAGAAAGAGCAUAA